AUGUUUGCUUUCUUCUUUCUUGCUUUAACUAGAGCAGAAGUACAAUACGAAGCUACUCUCGAAAGCAUUGAGUUACCACAGCUUACACCUGCAGAUUAUAAGGAACUCGCUGAAGCCGUCGUCACCGUUUUAUUCAAGAACGGCAAAUGCUUAAAUGUAAUCAACGGUAUCAGUGAUGCCAUCACUCACUCAAGAUCAGGCUGUGGUGUCGACCUCCCAGCUGGUCCAAAGUUAUACGAGGAAAUGGCUCGCUUCCAGAAAUACAAAGAAAAUUUUGACCCAGAAACCGGCAAAUUCUUCGAAGACCUUAAGAAUCAGGCUAAGAAACUUAUUGCCACAGCUGAUAAGGGUGUUAUUAAAGAAUACGGCCAAGGCUACGUUUGCUGGUGCAUCACAAUGGGAGGUUACGUAGUUUACCCAGCAUACUCCCUCAAUGUCGAAGUUGUUAACACACAGGAAGGCCGCAUGUGCCACGUCUACGGAGUUUCCAAUAUGUCUGGACAAGACUAUUGGGACUUCGACGAUGUCCCAAGCUAUGGCUGGCUCAAGAACCUCGUCGAAGAGAAGAUUCCAGAGUGGCUCGUUAAACUUCGUACAAAGAACAUGCAGCCAUUCUACACUAAGUACAACUUCGAUCUCCCAGUUGACUUUACAUUCAAGGUUGACUAA